GAGCGGCUAGCAUCGUUCGUACAGUGUGCUUUAAACAAACAAACAAAAAAACCAACAUAUCGUGACGAUCGCGAUCACUCGCUCGGUGCAUCCUUUGGAGAACAAACAAACAAAACGAAAAAAAAAAACAAGAGAAAACACACAGUGCGUAUUUCGACAUCCUUUCGCUCGCCUGCAAAAAAACGGGGAGAAUCGACAGCGUUCGUUAAAGCGACAGUGAAGAGAUAAGGAUCGUUUUUUUCCCCGAACACGAUCACAAUGGGCUACAAUUUAGGAACGGACGAGUUGUCGAGCAAAACCAGUGGCCUCUGGCGUGCGUUGCUCGCAGAAUUUGUCGGGAUCUUCAUACUGAACUUCUUUGCUUGCGCUGCCUGUACGCAUGCAAAUGGCGAUAAAACGCUGAUUUCACUGGCAUUCGGACUCAGCGUCUUCAUGGUGGUGAUGUCAAUCGGACACAUCAGUGGUGGCCACAUUAACCCGGCUGUGACGGCUGGCAUGCUGGCCGCUGGUAAAGUGAGUCUCAUUCGAGCACUGCUCUACGUGGCAGCCCAAUGUGCUGGAGCCCUAGCGGCCACCACCGCCCUUGACGUGUUGAUCCCGAAGGUGUACCAGAAUGGAUUGGGCAACACCGGUCUGAAGGCGGAUGUCACCGAAAUGCAGGGAUUGGGCUUCGAAUUCUUCCUCGGAUUCGUCCUGGUGCUGUGCGUGUUUGGCGUGUGUGACGAGAAUAAACCCGAUUCACGCUUCGUGGCACCAUUGGCCAUUGGUUUGACGGUGACGCUUGGCCAUUUGGGUAUCGUGGAGUAUACCGGCUCGAGCAUGAAUCCUGCUCGCUCCUUUGGAACUGCUUUUGUCACCGACAGCUGGAGCAACCACUGGAUUUACUGGGCCGGUCCGAUCCUGGGAGGCAUUACGGCGGCCCUUCUCUACUGCCAGCUGUUCAAGGCACCGACUCUGAGCGAUGCAUCCGAGCGUUAUCGCACCACCGCCGAUGAUAAGGAGAUGCGCCGGUUGGACGGAAAGCACGACAUGGCGUAAGGUCCUUGUCGGAACACUCUGCUAGUCCCAUUCCGAUCCCCGACGAAGCAGCCCGGAUUCACUGCGUCCGGAAGCGCUUCCAGCGUGUGUAGUAGUGUGGCAGUUCCCAUCUCAAUCACGUCCUUCGCCGCAUUGUUGUUCAUGUUGCACGUUUUUACUAAAUGAUCCCCAUACACUGUGUCCGGUCUGCCGGGGUUUCCCUGAGCCUGAGUGUCCGUGGUUGUCGGACGGCGAAGACGGAAGCUUCCCGGUUGAACUAAGCGUUAGCAGACCAUGCUAAAAAUAACCAUUGGUCGUACCGUAUAUCCGUCGGAUAUGAUCGGGGGCGAGCCUCAUACUAAUUUUAAUAAACGUUUAGAGAUAAUUA